UGCAUGGUUGGCAAUCCGUGUCACAGAUAUCCAUUACCAGAGAUGUUGAUCAUAGUACUGAAGUAUGUAAAAUGGUGUGGAUUUGUGUAAACGUUCAUUGGAUAAAAGAAUAAAAAUUCAGAAGGUCAAAGAAAUGGGACGAAAUAAAUUACGUUCUGACCUGAGUCGAGAGGAGCGUAUGGUCAUAACUGUAGCUGAAAUCAUUCAGGAACUCCUUAAGGCCCAUGAAGAAGGAAAGGAUGUGAAUUUAAAUAGAUUGAAGACCAGAAUUGCCUCCAAAUAUGGGAUGGAAACUUCUCCUCGUUUAGUGGAUAUCAUUGCAGCAGUUCCAUCUGACUACAAGAAGAUUCUGCUACCAAAAUUGAGAGCAAAACCAAUUCGCACUGCCAGUGGAAUCGCAGUUGUUGCUGUGAUGUGCAAGCCGCAUCGUUGUCCCCACAUCAAUAUGACAGGUAACAUUUGCGUGUACUGCCCUGGAGGACCCGAUUCGGACUUUGAAUAUUCUACUCAGUCGUACACAGGCUACGAACCAACAUCAAUGAGAGCCAUCCGUGCUCGCUACAAUCCGUAUCUUCAGACCACGCACAGAAUAGAGCAGUUGAAACAGCUGGGUCAUAGUGUCGACAAAGUUGAAUUCAUUGUAAUGGGAGGAACAUUCAUGUGUCUGCCCGAAGAUUAUCGUGACUAUUUCAUUCGUAAUUUACACGAUGCCUUAUCUGGACAUACCAGUAAUAAUGUAGAUGAAGCUGUCAAAUACUCAGAAAAGAGCAAAGUCAAGUGCAUUGGCAUUACCAUCGAAACAAGGCCAGAUUAUUGCCUGAAACGUCAUCUGUCUGACAUGCUGCGAUACGGGUGUACUCGACUUGAAAUUGGAGUGCAGUCGGUAUAUGAAGAUAUCGCUCGGGACACAAAUCGAGGGCACACGGUGAAGGCUGUUUGUGAAAAUUUUCAGCUAGCCAAAGAUGCUGGGUUCAAGGUCGUUGCUCACAUGAUGCCAGACCUUCCCAAUGUCGACUUCGAAAGAGAUAUUGAACAAUUUGUUGAAUUCUUCGAGAACCCUGCAUUCAGAGCUGAUGGUCUGAAGAUUUAUCCAACGCUAGUUAUAAGAGGAACGGGGCUGUAUGAGCUCUGGAAGACAGGCAGAUACAAGAGUUAUCCGCCCAGCACACUCGUUGAUCUGAUAGCUCGUAUCUUGGCUUUGGUUCCGCCGUGGACGAGGGUUUACAGGGUGCAGCGAGAUAUUCCUAUGCCACUAGUCAGUUCUGGAGUCGAACACGGAAAUCUUCGCGAGUUGGCGUUGGCCCGAAUGAAGGAUCUAGGAAUCGACUGUCGUGACGUAAGAACGAGGGAGGUUGGCAUUCAGGAGAUCCACCAUAAAGUUCGACCUUAUGAGGUGGAAUUAGUUCGACGUGAUUACACUGCUAAUGGGGGAUGGGAGACGUUCUUAUCCUACGAAGAUCCUGAACAAGAUAUAUUGGUUGGUCUCCUGAGAUUACGAAAAUGUUCGGAGGAAACUUACAGACCAGAGCUGAAGGGCGGGGUAUCAAUUGUGCGUGAGCUGCACGUCUAUGGGAGUGUGGUUCCAGUGAAUGCCCGUGAUCCCACAAAAUUCCAGCAUCAGGGAUUUGGGAUGUUGCUCAUGGAAGAGGCAGAAAGAAUUGCAAAGGAAGAACAUGGAUCUGUAAAAAUUUCUGUAAUUUCAGCCAGGAUUUUUCUUUUUCAGGUGUUGGCACUAGGAAUUACUACAGGAAGAUUGGGUAUGAACUCGACGGACCAUACAUGUCCAAGCAUUUGCUUUAGAGAAGAAACAUUUUGUAGAAAUAAUUCCUGUGUGUGAAUUGUAAAUAUAAUAAACAUUCACUGAAUUUUU